AUGGGCUGGACAGCCCAUGAACUUUGCCUGUUUUUGGAAGGAGGUGACUUUGUGAACUUUGUGGAGUGGCUGGUGGAGCGCUUGGACUUUCGCUUACACCAGGCAGCAGGGGGAGAGAAGGGAAAAGGCAAGCCAGAGGCAGCAGGGGGAGAGAAGGGAGGUGGCAAGCCAGCAGAGGCAACAGGGGAGAAGAGAGGCAAGCCAGCAGAGGCAACAGGGGGAGAGGAGGGAGGUGGCAAGCCAGCAAAGGCAACAGAGAAGGGAGGUGGCAAGCCAGGAGAGGCAACAGGAGGAGAGAAGGGAGGCAAGCCAGCAGAGGCAACAGGGGAGGCAAGCCAGCAGAGCCAGCACAAGCAGAGGAGGAAGAGACAGGAAAGGGUGGAGGUGGCAAGGGGGGAGGCCCAGAGGAUCCCACAGGGAAGGGGCAAGCAGAUGCAGGGAAGGGUGGUGGCAAGGAAGAAGCAGCACCAGCAGAGGGAGGAAAGGGUGGCAGGGCAUCUGCAAGUGAUCCAUGGGCUGGCUGGGAGUGGGAAGGAAAGGGUGGCAUGGCACCUGCAAGUGGUGCAUGGGCUGGCUGGGGAGAUGGUGGCAUGGAGUGACUUCUUUGAAGAGAAGAAGAAUGGCCUGGGCUGGUGCAGAUCUUGUGGGCUCUACUCCUAUGUCAACCAGAGGAGUGCUUUGAGGGCUACUGAUGCGCUUGGCUGCAUGAGGCCAGAGUGCAGUUCCCAUAGGGGCACUGCUGCUUCCAAAGGCUUUUUGGCAGCCUUGGAGAAGGCUGGGCUGAUCUAA